AUGGGCCGAUGCGGCGACGAGGGACUCUUGGGCGGCGAGCUGGGAGACGCCGAGGACAUGGGCUUGUUGUCGGCAGCCCGGCCCGAGGCCUGCUGCUCAGGCAGUUUGGGCGGUGUUGGAGGAAGGGGCUGUUUGGCGCGAGGAGAGGACGGAGCCGCUCGCGCGCAGGUGAGCGGUGGUGGCUUCGUCGCCGUCGGGGGUUGCGGAGCAGAGGAGGGAGGGGAUGGCGCGGGCGGCGCGGAGGAUCGCAGACGGGUCCGAGAGUUGGCGCUGCUGCCUGUGUGCCUUGGCGCGGGUGCUGCGAAUCGCGCGGGCCGUCGACGUUGGUUUGCGGAUGUGGACGAGGACGAGGACGAGGACGAGGAGGAGGAUGAGGAGUGCGGGUUUGCAGAGCGCUGGCGAAGUUCCCAGGUUUGCUCAAGUGGGGUGAUGGGUGCUGCCGGGGGAUGGGAGGAGGGACUACUUGACACUUUGGCGCGGGCGACGAGUGGCAUGGGUCGACGGGGCGUCGACAAAUGGGCUUUGACUGCGGGCGACACAACACAGACAACCGCUGCCCGUGAUGAUGCCGUCAUUUCGUGUCAACAUGGUCCGUGGUCCGUCUGCAACGCCAAUGUUCGACAACGAAGCCAUGACCAAGUCCAGGCCGCGGCCGUCCGUCCCGUCUUGAUUACGUACAUUCCCGAGCAACGCCGCGCCGACAUUCAACACCGCUUCUGA